CACACCGAGGGGUGGGGCUGCUCCCGAUGGCUCGGUGAUGCUUUCUUUUCUACAGUCUCGACAUCUCGCUUUAAGAUCAGACAAACGUUUUAUUGGGAUUUGGGGUGGAUGGUGUUGCUGUGCUGACAGGGCUUGGCUGUGUAUGAGGCAUUGUUUCAGCAGCGUGCAACGCUGUUUUGUUAUGAGGAUCUGGUGCUGACGCUGAGGUUUCCCCUCUGAUAGAAGAUGUCCACAAUGGUGUAUCCACGUGAAGAGAAGCUUGAGAAGCUAACGCAGGAGGAGAUCAUCUCAAACACUAAGCUGGUGAUCCAAGGCCUGGAGGCACUGAAGAGUGAGCACAACUCUAUCCUGCACAGCCUGCUGGAGACCAUCAAGUGCCUGAAAAAAGAUGAGGAGGCCAACCUUGUGCAUGAGAAGUCCAACUUGCUCCGAAAGUCUGUGGAGAUGAUUGAGCUGGGCCUGGGGGAGGCACAGGUCAUGAUGGCUCUGUCCAAUCACCUUAAUGCCGUGGAGUCCGAGAAGCAGAAGUUGCGGGCGCAGGUGCGGCGUCUGUGCCAGGAGAACCAGUGGCUGCGGGAUGAGUUGGCCAACACGCAGCAGAAACUGCAGAAGAGUGAACAAAGUGUGGCCCAGCUGGAGGAGGAGAAGAAGCACCUGGAGUUCAUGAAUCAACUCAAAAAGUAUGAUGAAGAUGUAUCGCCCUCGGAGGAAAAAGACGGUGACCCACCUAAAGACACUCUGGAUGAUCUUUUUCCUAAUGAUGAUGAGGAACAAGGCCAGGGAAUGCAGCACCAGCACAACAGUGCAGCCGUGGCAGCAGCACAGCAGGGAGGAUAUGAGAUCCCAGCCCCUCGAACCCUUCACAACCUGGUAAUCCAGUACGCCUCUCAAGGUAGAUAUGAGGUAGCAGUGCCGCUGUGCAAACAAGCUCUGGAAGACCUGGAGAAAACAUCUGGCCAUGAUCAUCCCGACGUUGCCACCAUGCUCAACAUCCUCGCUCUGGUGUACAGGGAUCAGAACAAAUAUAAAGAGGCAGCACACCUGCUCAAUGAUGCUCUGUCCAUCAGGGAGAAAACUCUUGGCAAAGAUCAUCCUGCUGUUGCUGCCACUCUGAAUAAUCUGGCUGUGCUGUACGGGAAGAGGGGAAAAUAUAAGGAGGCUGAGCCGCUCUGUAAGAGAGCGUUGGAGAUCAGAGAGAAGGUGCUUGGAAAGGACCACCCGGAUGUGGCUAAGCAGCUGAACAACCUGGCCUUGCUGUGUCAGAACCAGGGCAAGUAUGAGGAGGUGGAGUACUACUACUGCAGGGCUUUGGAGAUUUAUGAGUGCAGGCUAGGCCCUGAUGACCCUAACGUUGCUAAGACCAAGAACAAUCUGGCUUCAUGCUUUCUCAAACAAGGGAAAUACAAGGAGGCUGAGAUUCUUUACAAAGAGAUUCUUACCCGUGCCCAUGAGAAGGAGUUUGGGUCAGUUGAUGCUCAAAACAAACCUAUCUGGAUGCAUGCUGAGGAAAGGGAAGAGAUGAGCAAAGGCAAGCAAAGAGACAACACCCCAUAUGGAGAAUAUGGGGGCUGGUACAAGGCUUGCAAAGUCAACAGUCCAACUGUGAACACCACUCUGAGGAAUCUGGGUGCGCUUUACCGCCGGCAAGGCAAGAUGGAGGCUGCGGACACCCUGGAGGAGUGUGCCAUGAGAUCCCGCAAGCAGAGUAACACAGGGAUCGAUCCCAUCAACCAGAGCCGUGUGGUUGAAAUUCUGAAGGAGGGUGAUGGAGAGAGGAGGAGGAGCAGGGAUAGCAUGUCCAGCGUUAAAUACGAUAGCAGCUCAGAGGCUGGAGAGGAAGUGAGUAUGGGCAUAGAGUGGAGUGGGGAUGGUAGUGGGGCUCUGCAUAGGGGUGGCUCUCUGGGAAAAAUCAGAGAUGUGCUGCGUAGAAGCAGUGAAAUGCUGGUGAAGAAACUGCAAGGAAACGGACCCCCAGAGAUUCGCUCCACCUCCAAUAUGAAGCGUGCUGCCUCCCUUAACUACCUGAACAGGGCGAAUGAUGAUCCCUUCCAGAGUCCUGGUUUAAAUAGGUUGAGGCAGAGCCGUGGAUUGAGCUCUAGUAAUUUGGAUCUCUACAGUGGGAAUUGAAAAAAUGCCUCUACGACUCUAGCUCUGACCUCACCAUGCCAUUCCUACUGAACCGCCCAAAUCCUUCACUUUAAUUAAAAGCCACACCUGACAAGAUCUCGGUUAUCUACAAACCAGCUUCGGCAAUAAAUAAGCCAAUGCUCUUGGAAGGUUUGCACUCUGUAACUCUCACUAUAGGCAAAGCAAUUUUGACAUUUGUGACAGUUAGUUAGAAGGUUACGUUGUCUUUCUGUUACCACACUUUUCCUUUGUUACUUUAAACAGCUUUGUUACAAACUACAUGUGUCUUGGACAAUUUUCCCAGUCAAGUAAAAAAAUCUUCCACAGUGUCACAUAGAAGAGUUUUAUUAAUGGCUUUUAUAUUUGUAUAAAAUCGUUUCUUUGUGCAUCUCAGUCUUUGUAAAUAAUUUGUGCUUUUUCUCUGUGCUUUUUAAAUAAUUUGUGCUUUUUUUUUGAGGGGGGGAUUAAUGGCUGGCUGAAAUGAGAAAAGCCAGCUAUUGUGUUUUUCACUUGAAUCAUCACUGGUAUCAUGUUACUCCUGAAUUGUUACUGUGUCUACACUUUCAUAUUUUAAAGAGAAAAUAAUACUCUGCUACAUUCUGUAUUGGUGUAGGCUAGGGGCUAGCUGUAGGGAGGAAGACCCUGAAAUAUUAAAAACACAGAAACCUGGUUACUGAGAAGUGCACUGUUACUGUAUCUACAGUGUCCAAAAUGUCUCCAUUCAUGAAACUUUUUUAGCAAAACUUUUCAUAAAUUGGUUUUUAUCAUACAUAUUUUUCAGAUAGAUUUGAAGAAUGCCUUUGAUCAAAGAAGAGUGUGUUGAAUUUAUUCUCAUGCCUGGAUCGGGAAUCCUGCAAUAGACUUAAACAUCCAAUGCUGUGGGGAAAAUGUUUUUUGUGUAUGUUUGCAAAGAAAUGUAAUCAUCAAGAGGUUGUUUUGUAAAAGCUUAUAUUUUGCUGAAAUAAUGUUUUCACUCUUCAUGGAGACUUUUAAGAGAAAAAAAACAGACCAAUGUAUAUAAUGAGACACUUCAUGUCAUUUAAACACUAUUAUUUCGUAAAGGGUUGAGGUUAUUUCGUUUGAGGCUUUGUUACUGGUAUGCAGCAUUUAGAAAAUUGAGAGGCAUCUUAUCAUGAUGAUGGAAUGUCAUUUUUCUUUUUACUUUUACUCUGAAUGCUGUUCUGUUUUUAAGAGAUCGUUGCACAUUACUGGAUCUUUUCUUUUAGCUUGAUCCUUCUGUUUUUACUAGAAAUCCAGUGGAUUAUAAUGCUAUGUUAAUAAAGUCCAAGGAUUGUUGGACAUGAGCGGUACAGGAGUUUCUCAGGCAAUAUAAAAUUUAUAAGAUAUUUGUGUAAUAAAUAUGCAACUCUGCUAGUGUGUAAAGCUGUAAACGUAUAUAUAUGCACCGACGCUGUCCGUGAGAUAUGUGAUCAUUUAUUUAAAUCAUUGUCCUGUUUUUUCCUUCUAGUUGUAUUUGUGGAUAUAUUUUUUUUUAACUCAUUUCAUGUAUUUCUACAAAGAACCAAAGCAAUUUUAUGCACAUCUCUCAAUUUCUGAUUAUUUUAUAAAGCUGAUGAUAUGAGGAGGCUUAAAAAAAAGUUACACAAGGCAAGUUUGAAAGUUUGAAUGUUUUAUAAGCCCUGAAGUCCUUUAAUGGUCGAGAGUUAGAUGUGAUGGUGAUGGGGGGGGGUCAAUAUGGAUUAUUGAAGAGGGUUCUGCAUGACUUGAGCUGAUUGUCUUAACUUUAAAAUGCUUUCUUUUGAACUCUGCAGGUGUUGGGUACGCUAGCUGUAGAAGCCCUGCUGUAGGGUAUACCUGCCAUUUGUAUGAUUUAUGCCCUCUUAUUUUGUGAUGUAAAAGAUGUUUGGGUGAAAAUAAAUCAUUCAGUUUUCAAUGGGA